CUACGUCGUCAUUGCGAUACUGCUAUACCAGAUGAAUUGUGACGUGAGCACGUGAAAAAUGGUGAUGCCGGGUCUGCGAUUAUAAUAUCGUUCGUGAUAAAGGUUUAUUAGUGUUAUUUAUCAAUGCUUAUGCAUCAAGUGCAAAAAAAUUGAAUCUCGAAAAUAUUCGGAAGUGAACGUAAAAUCGAAUCUGCGAGUGUAAUCGGUGCAUUAAAUUUUGGAUUAUCAAGAAGUUCAAAAUGGCGCCAAAAUCGGCGGAUGCUAACGGGGUGCUGUUCGAGUCUGACGCAGCAACACCAGAUCUGGCGCUAGGCAGCGCUCCCAUCAUGCAAGCUGACAAACAACCGAGGAAGCUGGUCUGGAGGAACAUCAUCGCUUUUGCCUACCUUCAUCUUGCAGCUGUAUACGGAGGCUAUCUCUUUCUUUUCCACGCUAAAUGGCAGACAGAUAUAUUUGCGUACAUACUGUACGUAAUGUCAGGUUUGGGAAUCACAGCGGGGGCGCAUCGUCUUUGGGCACACAAGUCUUACAAAGCCAAGUGGCCGCUCAGACUCAUCCUAGUCAUCUUCAACACGCUAGCAUUCCAGGAUUCAGCAAUAGACUGGGCACGAGACCAUCGUAUGCACCAUAAGUAUUCGGAGACGGACGCGGACCCGCAUAACGCGACACGCGGUUUCUUCUUCUCGCAUAUUGGCUGGUUGCUUGUGCGCAAGCAUCCGGAGCUGAAGCGCAAGGGACAGGGACUUGACCUCAGUGACCUCUAUGCCGACCCCAUACUCAGGUUCCAGAAGAAAUAUUACCUACUCCUGAUGCCCUUAGCGUGCUUCGUGUUGCCGACUGUCAUCCCCGUGUACUACUGGGGGGAGAGUUGGAUCACUUCCUUCUUUGUAGCGGCCAUGUUCCGCUACGCUUUCAUAUUAAACGUUACUUGGCUGGUCAACUCCGCCGCACAUAAAUGGGGCGACAAACCAUACGACAGACAUAUUCAGCCCGCGGAAAAUAUCUCAGUCGCAUUGUUCGCUCUUGGUGAAGGCUUCCAUAAUUACCACCAUACCUUCCCCUGGGACUACAAGACCGCGGAACUCGGCAACAAUAGACUCAACUUCACCACUAACUUCAUCAACUUCUUCGCUAAAAUCGGAUGGGCUUACGAUCUCAAGACCGUCUCCGAUGAGAUCAUACGCAGCCGAGUGAACAGAACCGGUGAUGGAUCUCAUCACCUCUGGGGCUGGGGUGAUAAAGAUCACGCGAAGGAAGAGAUCGACGCAGCCAUCAGAAUUAAUCCUAAAGAUGAUUAGAUUUUAAUUUUAAACUCGCUUUAUAUUGUUAUGUAGAGUGUUGGAAAUUUUUUUGUUCUAAGGAUCUGGACAUUUGAUGUCGUAAAGUUAACUUUGGAAUUAUUGAAAAGCAAAAUAAUUUUUAAUGUUCUACACAAGCAAAGAUUUAAAUACCAUUGAAAUGUUCGAUGAAUUACACAGAUAAGAAAUAAAUUUACUGUAGAUUUACUUGAAAUCAAUUUGGAUUUGAAAAAUAUUUGUAGUAUUGCAAUUUUUUUUAAUAUGUUAAUACAACAUAUAUCAAAAAUCAAUGUUUUAGUACAAUUUGUAUUUAAAUCUUUGUCAUAUGUAAUUUUUAAGCACUGCAAAGGCACAUGCUGUUUGACUCACACAAAGACAUUUUUUUUUCUAAUUUACUCUAACAGUUAGAUAUUUUAAAUGUUCUAUACAUAGUUCUAAAUGUUUCUAU